AUGGCCAAGCUCGCUCGUGGGCUACCCGUGCGAGUCCAUGCACGAGGCCGCUUAGACGAAUUAAGACCGUGCCGCCAAGCUAGCCCAAUGAGCCGAGGCUCGCAUGUGCAAGCCCGAGUGCUAGGCCGUGGCCGCUCGUCAAGACAUGGAUGUGGAGACUGCAUUGCCAACUAG